AUGGCAUCAACAACUCAGAUAGUAGAAGAACCCGUGACAUGCCAAUUGGAAGGCAAAGUCGAGCCCCAAAAUGUCUCCUAUGGAUUCUUGAGACAAAAAAUCCCAGCGCACUGCUUUGAGCGAUCCUCAAUCACCUCCUUUGCAUACCUGCUCCGUGAUUGUGUCUACGCCUCUGCACUCGUGUGGCUGGCCCUCAAGAUUGACCUCCUGCCCACCUCAUGGCUGCGCGCCGGUGCCUGGAUCCUCUAUGGCUUUGUCCAAGGCUGCGUCGGCACCGGGAUGUGGAUCAUCGGCCACGAAUGCGGCCACGGCGCCUUCUCUGAAUUCCCUGUUCUCAACGAUGUCGUUGGCUGGGCGGUGCACUCGAUUCUGAUGGUGCCGUUCUUUUCGUGGAAGAUCACCCAUGCCCGCCAUCAUCGCUACCAUGGCCACAUCGAUAAAGAUGUGGUCUUUGUUCCUCCGACGGAACAGGAAGUUCAGGACCAGAAACCUGGUCUCCUUGGGAAGGUUGUCGAGCUGGUUGAAGAGACGCCUCUCUAUCAUGCGGUCACUUUACUCUCGCAUCAGCUUUUUGGUUGGCAACUAUAUAUGUUGACCAAUGUCAGCGCCGGGAAUAAAAGCCUGCCGCCCAAGGGGACUGGCAUCCAGAAGUUUAGGAACAGCCAUCUUGAUCCCUUGGGCUCAUUGUUCAACAACUCGCAAGCCCACCUCGUGGCAAUUUCUGAUAUGGGUCUUUUGCUCGUUGGAAGUGCACUCUACUACCUGGCUACCCAGAUAGGCGCCUGGAAGGUUGCACUGCUGUAUGCCGUGCCCUAUUUCUGGGUCCACCACUGGCUAGUCGCCAUCACCUACCUCCACCACACACACCCCUCAGUACCCCACUACAACGAAAAAGCCUGGACCUUCGUCAAAGGCGCGCUGUGCACAGUCGACCGUAGAUUCGGGUUCAUCGGCCGCCACUUCUUCCACGAAAUCAUCGACUACCACGUCGUGCACCACCUCUUUCCGCGGAUCCCCUUCUACCACGCCGAAGAGGCCACCGCCGCCAUUGUGCCUUACCUGGGCGACCAGUACCGUCUCGACGAGGGGAUGUAUCUGAAGUCGCUGGUUGACACGUUUACAACCUGCAAGGUUGUGUCGAAUGCGGAUUCGGAGGGGGCGUUGCAUUGGAAGUUUUCGCAGAGUGCGGGGAAGAAACAGGAGUAG